CCCUCGGUGCGCGGGCACAGCAGCCAGGCUGCCGGAGAGCAGAUCUCGGGAAUUCAGGUGCGGAGCCCUUGGCCUGGAGGCGAUAUGGGUGGUCCGCGGACCGGUUCAGUCGCUCGCAACAGCCUGGGGAACAGGCCUGUCUGGCCCUGAGGGAGUCCCCUUUCUGAAGCUGUGGUGCUUGGACGACCUCUCUACGUUGCUGGGCACCUGUAGGUGUCCCUCGAGAGCUCAGUCUUGAGGUUCAAGUCAGUGUGGCCAUGAAGGGGCUGCCUGUCGGGCUGAUGCUGUGACCCUGGAGUCUGCCUUUCCUGCCAGUCCCCCUGCCCGGAACAUGUGGCUGCGGCUUGGCCCGCCCUCGCUGUCCCUGAGCCCCAAGUCCACGAUUGGCCGGAGCCUGUGCCUCACCCUGUGGUUCCUCAGCUUGGUGCUGAGGGCCAGUACCCAGGCCCCAGCACCCACAGUCAAUACUCACUUUGGGAAGCUAAGGGGUGCCCGGGUGCCACUGCCCAGUGAGAUCCUGGGGCCUGUGGACCAGUACCUGGGGGUGCCCUACGCAGCUCCCCCCAUCGGCGAAAAACGUUUCCUGCCCCCUGAGCCACCCCCAUCCUGGUCGGGCAUCCGGAACGCCACACACUUUCCCCCAGUGUGCCCCCAGAACAUCCACACGGCUGUGCCCGAAGUCAUGCUGCCCGUCUGGUUCACUGCCAACUUGGAUAUUGUCGCUACUUACAUCCAGGAGCCCAACGAAGACUGCCUCUACCUGAAUGUCUAUGUGCCCACGGAGGAUGUAAAGCGGAUUUCCAAGGAAUGCGCCCGAAAGCCCAACAAGAAAAUUUGUAGGAAAGGAGGAUCCGGCGCUAAGAAACAGGGCGAGGACUUAGCGGAUAAUGACGGGGAUGAAGAUGAAGACAUCCGGGACAGUGGCGCUAAGCCUGUCAUGGUCUACAUCCAUGGAGGUUCGUACAUGGAAGGGACAGGCAACAUGAUUGACGGCAGCGUCCUCGCCAGCUAUGGCAACGUCAUCGUCAUCACCCUCAACUAUCGUGUUGGGGUGCUAGGUUUCCUGAGCACUGGCGAUCAGGCUGCCAAGGGCAACUAUGGGCUCCUUGACCAAAUCCAGGCCCUCCGCUGGGUGAGCGAGAACAUUGCCUUCUUUGGUGGCGAUCCCCGCCGUAUUACCGUCUUCGGCUCGGGCAUUGGUGCGUCCUGUGUCAGCCUCCUCACGCUGUCGCAUCACUCUGAGGGGCUUUUCCAGAGGGCCAUCAUCCAAAGUGGUUCUGCCCUGUCCAGCUGGGCUGUGAACUACCAGCCGGUGAAGUACACCAGCCUGCUGGCGGACAAGGUAGGCUGUAAUGUGCUAGACACGGUGGACAUGGUGGACUGUCUUCGUCAAAAGAGUGCCAAGGAGCUGGUAGAGCAGGACAUCCAGCCAGCCCGCUACCAUGUGGCCUUUGGCCCUGUGAUCGAUGGCGACGUCAUUCCUGAUGACCCUGAGAUUCUCAUGGAGCAGGGCGAGUUCCUCAACUAUGACAUCAUGCUAGGUGUCAACCAGGGCGAGGGGCUCAAGUUUGUGGAAGGGGUGGUGGACCCUGAGGAUGGCGUCUCAGGCACUGAUUUUGACUACUCAGUCUCUAACUUUGUGGACAAUCUGUAUGGCUAUCCUGAGGGCAAGGACACCCUGCGGGAGACCAUCAAGUUCAUGUACACAGACUGGGCAGACCGUGACAAUCCGGAGACCCGCCGCAAAACACUGGUGGCGCUCUUCACUGACCACCAAUGGGUGGAGCCCUCGGUGGUGACCGCUGAUCUGCACGCCCGCUACGGGUCACCUACAUACUUCUACGCCUUCUACCACCACUGCCAGAGCCUCAUGAAGCCUGCUUGGUCAGAUGCAGCUCAUGGGGACGAAGUACCCUACGUUUUUGGUGUCCCUAUGGUAGGCCCCACCGACCUCUUCCCCUGCAAUUUCUCCAAGAAUGACGUCAUGCUCAGUGCUGUUGUCAUGACCUACUGGACCAACUUUGCCAAGACCGGGGAUCCCAACAAGCCGGUCCCCCAGGACACCAAGUUCAUUCACACCAAGGCCAACCGCUUUGAGGAAGUGGCCUGGUCCAAAUACAAUCCCCGAGACCAGCUCUACCUUCACAUCGGGCUGAAACCAAGGGUCCGCGAUCAUUACCGGGCCACCAAGGUGGCCUUCUGGAAACACCUGGUGCCCCACCUAUACAACCUGCAUGACAUGUUCCACUAUACGUCCACAACCACCAAAGUGCCGCCCCCGGAUACCACCCACAGCUCCCACAUCACCCGCAGGCCCAACGGCAAGACCUGGAGCACCAAGCGGCCAGCCAUCUCCCCUGCCUACAGCAAUGAGAAUGCCCAGGGUUCCUGGAACGGGGACCAGGAUGCAGGGCCCCUCCUGGUGGAGAACCCUCGUGACUACUCCACCGAGUUAAGUGUCACCAUCGCCGUGGGGGCCUCCCUCCUGUUCCUUAACGUUCUAGCCUUUGCUGCCCUCUACUACCGCAAGGACAAACGGCGUCAGGAGCCCCUGCGGCAGCCCAGCCCUCAGAGGGGUGCCGGGGCCCCUGAAUUGGGAGCUGCUCCUGAGGAGGAGCUGGCAGCUUUACAGCUGGGCCCUACCCACCACGAAUGUGAGGCUGGUCCCCCCCACGACACACUGCGCCUCACUGCACUGCCUGACUACACACUGACCCUGCGUCGUUCUCCUGACGACAUCCCACUCAUGACACCCAACACCAUCACUAUGAUUCCCAACUCCCUGGUAGGGCUGCAGACAUUGCACCCCUACAACACCUUUGCCGCAGGAUUCAACAGUACUGGGCUGCCCCACUCACACUCCACUACCCGGGUAUAGCUCCAGCCCAGAGCACAGCCUAUCUCCUGGCUCCCUCCUGCCCAAAUCCAUGGACACACGCACCCACAGACACGCACAGACACACGUGUAAGCACGCGCACACACACACACACACACACACACACACAGACACGUACACGCAGAUAUGUAGACACACACACCCACACCUGACAGCAGACCCACCUGCACAAACAUAGACAGAUGUGGACAUGCACCUGCGUGUACAAAAACACAAAUAAGGAAGUAAACCUGAACAAACCCUUCAAAUGGGGACGCAAGUGAGUCCUUGGGAAACUGAGGACCUGUGGAACAGCAGCUGAAGCCAGCUCCCUGAGCCUGAUCACAGACACUCCUGGGGGCCCAAAAGCACCAGCUGGACACCCCCUUGGUGCUCGCCUUCCACCUCUUUUGGAACUGCACCACCCACCAACUCCAGACUUGGGAGCUUUAAAGAGCAGAGUAGCUCUUUCUCCCCCCAGACUUGGUCUUUUUUCUGGGUCUUGUUUUUGUUGAUUUUUAAAAUAAUUUUGGAACACAUGCCUCUCCAACCCAUGAGCGCAAAGAGGCUCUGGAAGGGAGGAUCCAGGCCCAUGUCUGUGUGGCUCUGGCACCCCCAGGGCUCACACAAUCUGGCCGAGGAACAUGACCCUCCCAAGAAAGAAACAGAUUUGAGCAAGACCAUGGGGUGGAAGGAGGAAGGGGCUACUGCCGGAUGGGGUUGGAGGGCCACAGGGGAGAACUCUCCAGCCAUCUAUCUCUGUGUCCCUGUGGAGGGCUCUAGAGACUGCAGGGUGACCUGCUUUCCCCCAAAGGCCAGGAUCACUGGCCUGGCUAGACCAGGGGACCCUAGAUUUGGUGAAUGAGGUUCUGGUGGAGAUCGUCGCUAUGGGGCCCCUGGGUGUAAUCUGGGUUCUGCCUCUGCCCUUGGGGUAAUGGUAUCAGAAAUUCGCCCCAUUUUCUUUACCAAGUCUCUUUUGUGUCUGUCAUUUCUCUUUCAAAAAGGCGGUGUUUUUUUGUUGUUGUUGGCUUUUUUUUUUUAAAGAAAAGUUCUUAAAACACUAACGGAAACCCAUGGAGUUUGUCCUUUGUAAAAAUUUUAAACACAGUGUCUUGAUAUAAAAAUAAAAAAUCCAGUUAGCACUCCCAACCUGCCUCCCUUGCACAGGCCUUGCCCCAACAGACCUCCCAGCAGGGUGCCCCUGUGGGCUAGGAUUCCAGCCUGUCUCUGUGUCCUGUGCCUUUAAACUGAGACAAGUCUGGGCUACACUCCCCUGCGCCCCCCCCCCAUGCAGGCCUGUCCAGUCUUAAGCAGGUUGCCCUACCCUUACCCCCCUGCCCUGCCCCCCAACGCUCUGGGUUCCUGCUGCUGAAGUCUUCUCUCAGCACCAUGGGCCUCUUAAUGAAAGGGCAAAAAAUAAUACUUCCUCCUCCUCCUCCUCCUCUUCCUCCUCCACCCCCACCCCGCCCCCACGGCAGCCAGCCACUGCCACUGGGCCACCACCACCUGCUGCUGCCACUGCCACCAUCACCACCAUCCUGCCCCCAUCCUGGACUGGGGGCUGGGAGGAAGUAUGACCUCUAACAGGCUGAAAUUCUUUCUCACAUCGGAAUCCAGUUGGGCAUCAGAUAGGUGGACCCCCUGGUCUUGGAGGACUGACAGAGCAGGGGCUGUCUCCUCCCCAGGGAUACUUGUUUCUGGUUCUGUGAAUUACAACUGGAGAACUCACUGAAGCCCUGCAGUGAUUUCUCUCCAGGAUUGCAAUCAGGGGCUCCUAGGGGUUCGCCCUGCCCCCUCAACUCCCUGGGGGGGAAGGGGGAGGGGGCAUUCAAUGGGCCCUCCACAGGUUUAGCAUUAUGGUGGUUCACUUUCU